AUGAGGGCACGCACGCUCUCCCUCCUCCUCCUCUUGCUCGCGGCCGCCGCCAGUUCCUUCACCCCGUCGACAUCCACCGACACCAUUUACCGGAACACGUCCCUCACCGGCAACCAGACGCUGGUCUCGGCCGGCGGCAUCUACGCGCUGGGCUUCUUCAGCCCGGCCGGCGCCGACGGCAGGACGUACCUCGGGAUCUGGUACGCCAGCAUCCCGGGCCCGACGACCGUCGUGUGGGUCGCCAACCGCAGGGACCCGGUGGUCAAUUCCCCGGCCGCUCUCCAGCUCUCCGACGGCGGCCGGCUUGUCAUCCUCGACGGCAAUAACGACACCGUGUGGUCCUCCGCGGUGCCCACCGUCGGGAACGUCACCGCCGCGCAGCUCCUGGACACCGGCAACCUGGUGCUCAGCGCCGACGGCAGCGGCUCCUGGCCGAGCGUGGCGUGGCAGAGCUUCGACUACCCGACGGACACGCUGCUCCCGGGCAUGAAGCUCGGGGUGGACACCAGGGCCGGCAUCACCCGGAACAUCACGGCGUGGCGCAGCCCGUCCGACCCGUCGCCGGGCGACGUCACGUUCAAGCUGGUCAUCGGCGGCCUGCCGCAGUUCUUCCUCCUCCGGGGCGCCACGAGGGUGUACACGAGCGGGCCGUGGAACGGCGACAUACUCACCGGCGUGCCGUACCUCAAGGCGCAUGACUUCACCUUCAAGUUGGUGUACAGCCCCGACGAGACGUACUACAGCUACUUCAUCCGCGAGCCGUCUCUGCUGUCGCGGCUCGUCGUGGACGGCGCGGCGACGCAGCUGAAGCGGUUCUCGCUCAACAACGGCGCGUGGAGCAGCUUCUGGUACUACCCGACCGACCAGUGCGACUACUACGCCAAGUGCGGGCCGUUCGGGUACUGCGACACCGACCGCUCCCCGCCGUGCAGCUGCCUGCCGGGGUUCGUGCCGCGGUCGCCCGACCAGUGGAGCCAGAGGGAGUGGUCGGCCGGCUGUGUCAGGAGGACGAACCUGAGCUGCGACGGCGGGGACGGCGACGGGUUCUGGGUCGUCAACCGGAUGAAGCUGCCGCAGGCCACGGACGCCACGGUGUACGCCGGCAUGACGCUGGACCAGUGCAGGCAGGCGUGCCUCGGCAACUGCAGCUGCUGGGGCGUACGCCGCCGCGAACAACAGCGGCGGGAUCGGCGUCGGGACGUGUACAUACGGCUCGCGCAGUCGGACAUUGACGCCCUCAAGGCUGCAGCAGCAGAUAACCAUCAGCGUUCACACAAGAGCAAGCUGAUCAUCAUCAUUGUCGCGACUAUUUCCGGUGUACUUUUUCUGCUAGCAGCGGUUGGAUGCUGUUGUUUCUGGAUGAAGAAGGCAAGCAGGAAAGGUGAAGGUGAGGACAUGGCGUCGUCCUUGCCUCCGAGUACUGCAGAUUUCGCGCUUCCGUACAGGGUCAGGAGCCAGCCUUCGUUGAGCCCACCUCCGUCCAGGAUCAGGAGCCAGCCUUCGUUGAGCCCAGUACGGGAUCACAAACAGCUUCUUGAUGCCUCGGAGGAAACGAGAUACUACUCCGACAAAGAUGUUGACCUUCCAUUGUUUGAGCUGGAGGUGACUCUGGCCGCCACGGACAACUUCGCGGAGCACAAAAGGAUUGGUGCAGGUGGAUUUGGCCCUGUUUAUAUGGGCCACUUGCCAGAUGGGCGGGAGAUUGCUGUUAAGAGACUAGGAGCACAUUCAGGGCAAGGGUUACCUGAGUUUAAGAAUGAAGUCCUGCUUAUUGCUAAGCUUCAGCACAGAAAUUUAGUCCAGCUGUUAGGUUGUUGCAUUGAAGAAGAAGAGAUGUUAUUAGUGUAUGAGUACAUGCCGAACAAAAGCUUGGAUUUCUUCUUAUUUGAAAAAUCAAGAAGAGCUUUGCUAGACUGGGAAAUGCGGAUGACCAUAAUUGAAGGGGUUGCACAGGGUCUUAUUUAUCUCCACAAGCAUUCUCGGCUUAGAAUUAUUCAUAGGGACCUGAAAGCAAGCAACAUUCUGUUGGACACUGAUAUGAACCCUAAGAUCUCGGACUUUGGGAUGGCGAGAAUAUUUGAUCCCAAAGGAACACAAGCUAAUACGAAAAGAGUUGUCGGAACAUAUGGCUACAUGGCUCCUGAGUAUGCUAUGGCUGGCAAUUUCUCCACUAAGUCCGAUGUAUUUAGCUAUGGAGUCUUGCUUCUGGAGAUUAUCAGUGGAAUGAGAAAUGCUGGAUCUCGAAGACAUGGCAACUCUGUUAGCCUCCUUGGUUACGCAUGGGAACUAUGGAACGAAGGCAGAUGCCAUGAGCUCAUUGAUACACCAUUACAUGGUAGAUGUCCUGAGAAUGUAGCGCUAAAAUGCAUUCAUGUCAGCUUGUUGUGUGUUCAGGAGCAAGCUGCGGAUCGACCCUCCAUGACUGAAAUCAUUUCAAUGAUUACCAAUGGAAGUGCCAUCUUACCAGACCCAAAGCAACCUGGUUUCCUCUCCAUGCUGGUCCCAAAUGAAACUGAUAUCGCUGAAGAAACGUGCUCCCUGAAUGGUCUUUCAGUUACGAUCCUUGACGGAAGAUAG